GGUUUUGAGUAUUGUUACUUGUAUGAUGUAUCCAAUAACCAAAAAAAGUAAAAUUUACGAAAUAGUAAAUACUAAUAACUAAUCUGUGAAUAUAACCUAAACUCUAUAGAAAUGAGGACAUUAUGUUAUCAAUGAAUGAAUUAGAAACAAUUUCUUUAAAAGUUAAAUGGUCCAUUUUUUUCUAUAGGUAAAUAAUUGGCAAUGUACAAUAAAAAUAGGAUAACCUAUAAACUAUUAUUAUUCUAAGCAAUGUAUUUAGUUAUUAAGUUAAUAUAAUUUACGAAAAAUAAUGUGUUCUAUAAAGACGUACAAAAGUACAAAUUUUAUUUUAGUAAUUGUUUUUGCAUUGCUAAAUAUAAAGCCAGUUUUACCUGGAGCAAAUGAUUUACAUUUUUAUGACGGGUCGUCGUCGGCUGAUGUCAUAGCCGGAGAUAUAUUUUUUGAGAUACUAGAUCCUCAAGAGUUGCGUUACUCAUAUAGAAUACGACCUGCCAAAGAUUUUGGUGCAACUUUUAAUGGUAGCUUUCACAUGAAGAAGGCAAGAUUAGUACCAACUAUACCUAUAAACAGUUGUUCUGAUCUUCACAAUCAAGAAGAUGUCACUGGAAAUAUUGCUUUAGCUGAGAGAGGUGAUUGCUCUUUUGUUUUUAAAACUGCCAAGGCUCAGCAAGCAGGCGCAAGGGCUAUUAUUAUAACAGAGUCUGUUAACAAAUGGGAUGAUCCAUUGGAUCAUCUAAUAGAAAUGGUGGAUGAUAAAAUGGACAUAGAUGUAAAUAUACCAGCAGCUUUUCUAUUAGGUCGUAAUGGAGCUACUAUUUUAAGAGCACUUAAAAAGUUACAUAUGAAGUAUGCUAUAAUAAACCUGCCGGUUAACAUGACUUAUGUCCCAAUAAAUAAAAUGAACCAACCGCCCUGGAUAACUUGGUAAAUUUGAUGUCAAUAAUUUUAAUUAAUUUUAUCUUUAUUUAGUAUAUAUUGUAACAAAAAUAUACUUCUUCAUCCAAUUGAUUCAUGGCUUAAUAUUAUGUAAAAUAAGUCUAUCAUUAGAUAUCUGAAGUAAUUAGGCACUUGUUUAUUUCCUCACUUUUUAUUUCUUCUCUAUGGACAAUAAGCUUAAAAUAAAAGUUUGUUGACAUUUUAUAUGAAUGCUGUGUAUAAGUAAUUUUAAUUAUUUUCUAUUGUUAAUAUAAAUAUAUAAAACAACUGGAAUCUCAUAUAUGAACUCUAUUUAAUUUCAAAGAUACCAUACAAGUCCAUUCAAUGAAAACAUUUUAAUACAUAGAAUGAAAAUCCAAGGUUAAAUUUGCCAUUAAGAGUUGUUUGUUAAUUUUAUCUUAAAAGAUGACUUGACGUUGAUAAAUAUAAAUUGAAAUUGACUAAUAACAACUACCUAUUAAUUUAUGUAUGUUAAAAUUGACUUGAAUUUAAAAUGUUUCUGGGAAUGGGUACCCUAGAAAUUCUAGUCCUGUCAAUUUAUGUAUAAUCUUAAGUUAAUAUAAUAAUAUGGUUUUAGUUAAAUGACCCCUUAAGUAAAAAACUAUUUUAUAGUCUUACAAGGAUGUUUUGGCAGUUAAAAUAGAUUUAAAUGCAUUAAGUGGAACUAAAUAUUGAAUUUUCUAUAUUUAUAAAAUUCAAAAAUGUGCCUUGUGCGGCUGUAAAAUAAUAUUACA